ACGUGUCAUUCAAUUAAUUUGUCAACAGCAACCGGUGGAGAUAAUACAGAGAAGCAAGAGAAGCAAGCUCUACCUCCUUCAAAUCAACCUUCUCAACUUGGACAAAAUAACACAAAACAAGGUGAACAACCUGCAUCAAGCACAAAUAGUGCAAGCAACAAUAGACAGUUUGGAUUCGCCUUAACUUCUACAGCAACAAGUAGUUCUCAACCGAGUACUGCUUUUCCGACACAAUUUCGAUCCGCUUCUGGUCCCGCAGCCUUUGGCGGCUUAUUUUCAAAUACUUCUUCGGCUUUUCCUACCUCUGCAAAUACUCCAACAACAUCUGGUUUUGGCAAACCGACGUCUUCUGUAACACAACCCUCACCUUCACCUUUCGGUACGAUUAUUAAUUCAGUUGGAGCCACAACAGGAGGAGCCUCGACAGGAUCACAAAUUAGUUCUUCUAGUUCAAAUGCAACGUUUGGGGGAAAUGCAACUUCUACGUUUGGAUUAGGAACACCUUCAGUAUUUGGUGCUGGAUUUGGAACGUUUGGAACUGCGAAUCAAGUAACGACAUCUACGGGAUUUUCUGGCUUUGGAACCUCAAAUCAAUCAUCUACAGGAACGACAGCUCCAUCAGGAUUUUCUGGUUUUGGAACCUCAAAUCAAUCAUCUACAGGAACGAUAGCUCCAUCAGGAUUUUCUGGCUUUGGAACCUCAAAUCAAUCAACUACAGGAACUACAACUUCAUCGGGAUUUUCUGGCUUUGGAACCUCUAAUCAAUCAACUACAGGAACUACAGUUCCAUCGGGAUUCUCUGGCUUUGGAGCCUCACAUCAAUCAACUACAGGAACUGCAGCUUCAUCGGGAUUUGCUGGUUUCAAUAAACCGGCACCUACUACUACAUCUUCAACUCAACCACCACUUAUUGCCGCUACUACUUCUCAAACAUCCUUUAGUGGUUUAUCUAAACCACCAUUUGGAAGUCAACCAUCACCAUCAUUCGGAAGUUUCCAGCCAAGCAAUAAUAUCAGUACUUUACCCGCAUCAACAACUUCUGGGGCAGGAUUAGGGUUCGGAGGAAUUAAGGCUACUACCGCAUCUACCUCAGGUCCAAGUUUUGGCUUGGGAAGUGUGGGAAGCGGUGGCAGUGGUUUCUUGGGUGGGUCCGGGACUGCAAAGACAACCACUCUUCCUCCUUCUCCCUUUGGAAAUUUAAAUAGACCAAGCGGUUUAGGCCCUACCACAACAGCUUCCAAUUUACAGACUGGAUUCAACCUUCCAACUUCAACAUCUCCGAGUCAAAAUUCGAAUCUUUUUUCUAGAAUAAGUAGUUUAAAUUCUACACAAGCAUCUACUAUUAAACCAUUUUCAGCAUUCAGCGCUGGCACAACCACCACAAGCGCACCAUCAAUUUUCACAGCUUCAGCUUCGACAACAACACCGGCUACACCUGUAACAAAACCUCCUUCAAUUAUACCACAGUCCACAACUGUUGGACUUUUUCAGCCUACGCCAUCGUCAUCCACAACACCUCAAUUUGGUUUAAGACCAACUUUAAAAACAUCAGUCGGUACAGGAGGAUUUACGACAGGGACAUCCAUCUCAAUUGGUGCAACGACGCAACCGUCUACAGCAACAAAUGAAACAACGUCAACUUCAUCAGCUUGGUUAAAGAAUAGUAAUAUUGAAACCAUAAUUAAUAGAUGGAAAAAAGAUUUAGAUAUUUUUCUCAAAAAAUUUCAUAGUCAAGCAAGUGAAUUAAGAGAAUGGGACCAAAAAAUCAUUGAGAAUUCUGGAAGGAUAGUUAAACUAGAAGAAGAAUUAAGUAAAGCCGAUUUGAUUCAGUCUGAAAUAGAUUCAGGUCUGGAGAGUAUUGCAACGCGUCAGGAUGAGCUUGAAAAAAUGUUAUCGGAGUAUGAGGUGAAAUUUUCUGAACCAGUAUUGGAUAGUACAAGACCUUUGGAUAAAGAGAGAGAGAAAAAUUAUGAUAUGGCUGAAGAAAUUAAUCAAGAAUUGGGUGAAAUGAGUCAAGUUUUAUCCACCAUUAUUACUGAUGUAAAUCAAAAUGUAAUAAAACCUUCUAAUAAUGAUGAAAUAAACGGAAGCCAUGAAAUAAUUGAGAAGGAAGAUAUAGAGGAUCCGAUGGAUGAAGUUGUCAAUAUUCUUAAUUCGCAUCUAACAUCAUUACAAUGGAUAGAUUCGACAGUUAAUCAACUUACUCAAAACGUUCAUAAUGCAAAAUUGCUACUUACUCAGACUCAAAGUGAGUUAAAUUCUCGACAACAGCAAAAUGGUACCGGUAGUAGUUCCGGAUAA